AUGGAUCAGAUCCUGGCGGCGACGGCGGCGCGUCGGCUGUCAGUACUUGAUGUGGAAACUGGUCAGCAAUUGAUGUGUUACGACAACUGUGCCUUCAGUGGCCGGGAAAGGGCAGCGCUGGCCACUGACCCCAUCUGUCCACACCUGGCCGUGUGCUCAUGCGUUAACGGCAAAGGCCUCACAUUAUUUGAUCUCCGAAUGCCACUGCCUUUAGAUUUUAUAUACGAUUUACAUCCAGACGUGAUUCGGGACAUAACAUUCCUCCACAACAGUUGGCCAUUCGUUAAAUCACAUCAAAGUGCACUUCUGUCCCUCUCAUGUCAGGGCAUCGUUAAGGCGACAACACUGGACGGUCGGUUCCUGCACUGCUUCGAAGUCGGCCAUCCGUCCAAUUCAGUGGUUCCCACACCCGAAGAGUACGGGUCGGCGCUGGACGACGGCUUCUCGUCGGUGAUGAUGGUCGGCGGCGCCUCUAUAUCCAGUUAUAUACCGGAGUCCGGCAUUCAGGAGAGGCAACAGUUGUCGGACUUCAGUUCGCAACAGAUCUGGAAACUCCGUUACUCGAGUAACGGCAGUAUACUAUACGCGGCCGGCGAUGGCGGUGUCAUCAGACGCUACCGACGGUAUCCCAACUAUCAUAAGUGUUUGGGCGAACUGUUCCGCCAUAAGGGCGACGUCCAGGACAUGGAUAUAUCGCCGUAUGACGAAUUUUUGGUCACCGCUUCCAAAGACAAAACCGUUGGUCUCAUUUGUUUGGGUGCCCCAAAUCACGGAUGGACCCAAUAUUGUGAGCUAUCGUGACAUCAAUCAGUUUAAGUCCAUUAAACACAACAAAUUUUUCAGAUUUAUUAUUAAAUCGAAAUUAGACUCAAAUUAUAUACAAAAUAAUUACGAAAUGAAAACGAAAUUCACAUCAUUUUUGUUGAUUUGAUUGACACAACUCUUCACUCUUUCUCAAUAUAUCGCAAACAAAAACGAUAUGAAAACUAAAGUAAUAAUUAUUGCGACAGAAAUGAAGAGUUAAAAUCAAAGCCUAAACGAAAAUCUAUAUCAUAUUUAUUACAUAAAAAACAAAUCAAUAUUAAUUAGUUAUUAUUUAAUCAAAUAAUUGUUUAUUUUCAAUACAUAUUUAACGAAUGCAUAUUUAUUAUGUGUUAUUAUAAUUUAAUUGAUUAUUAUUUAAAUUAAUACACUUUACGUUAAUUUUAAACCAAUUUAAUUAAUUAUGCGUUUAUUUUCAAUUGAGUGCAAAGAGAGGGGAGAGAGAGAAAUGUGUUGACAGACAGCAAAGCCCUAUUGUAUAUGAUUUUAAAUGUCUCUUUAUUUUAGUUGAGUUUAUUAUAAAAACAAUAUUUACCGAAACACUCAUUAAGAAAAAGCCAAUUAUAUUAUUGAAAACCAAAUUAAAAUUAUUUUGUAUAAAAUAUUUUAUAAUUUUGGCCUCAAUUUCAAUGUGACCUCAGCUUUCUUUAAGCACUCGCACACACGACAGACCCCCUAAUCGCUACCCUUUUCCCUCUCGAACGGCACCCAAAUGUAUAUCCCUUUCAUGUGUUAGUUUUUCAGACGUAAAGUUAGUUAAAAAUUAUAUUAAGUUAUUAUUAAUAUUAUUAUAAUUAUAAUUAUUAUCAGUUAUUGCUUUGAUUAAACAUAUUUUAUUGAAUUGAAUUGAUUUGCUAUUCGAGUGAAUAUUUAUAUCAAGAAUUAUGUGACCGAAAGACAAGACAUAACAACAAAACACAACACAAAAACAAAAUCCAAUUUAUAUUUAAAUAUAUUUUCAAUCUGUAAGUGAAUUGUGAUCUUUUAGUCUAAAUAAUUGGAUAUUUAAAUGAAAAAC